GUUGGUACCAUAGUAACUGUUAAUCAGGGAAGGUAAAGAGGUUGAUAAAACUGGUGGAAUUAAAAUUGGGAGGCUUACUGAAGUUGCAGACAUUAAUUCCUGCAUUUCUAAAGAAACAGAAUCAGAGGGCCUUCUUAAAUGGCAUUCGCAAGUGGAUACUGGAGUAAAAAGGAAGUGCAUGGAAAUCCUCCAACUCCUAGACAUGGACAUGCAUUGGUAAUGGCUGGAAAUAUAGCAUUUAUAUUUGGGGGCUGCUCCUUUUAUAAUACUUCUGAUGAUCAACCAACAUAUUUCAAUGACUUCUACAUGCUGACAAUUACUCUGACUGAUUUGAUGUGGGAAAGGAUACCACAGGAUGGACACAUUCCUUGCCCACGACAAGGGCACUCACUUAGUGUAGUAAAAGGCAAGAUAUAUUUAUUUGGAGGUUGUUCAAGCAAGAAUGCUGAGUAUUGCCUUCCAGGAGUCUAUGUCUUUGAUCUUGAUUCUCUAACCUGGCAGAAAAUCUCAAUUAGUGGUCUUGCUCCUCAAACUCUUGAACACAGUUCAGCUGUAGUAGGCGAAAACAUCUUUGUCUAUGGUGGCAUGGAAGAUGGUAAAGCAGUGGAUGAUCUCUAUAUGUUCAACACAGUGUCUCACUGUUGGACUCCGGUGAAAACCUUUGGUUUAAACCCUGGUGCCAGGUCAGGCCAUGCUUUUGCUGCCAUUGGAGAAAUCAUCUAUAUGUUUGGCGGUCAUUCCAAUGAAGAUGACUAUUAUACUGAUGUGUAUGCACUGGACACAGUAUCUUUAAUGUGGCAAAAGUGUGAAGUAAAGGGAGAAAAGCCUUUCGGAAGAUCACAUCAUACAUUUACAGCACACAGUGAUAAGGACAUUUAUCUGUUUGGAGGAACUUUUGAGUUCAAAGAUGGCAAAAUCAUUUCAAAGAAUGAUAUUAUGAAAUUAAGUUUAGCUCGGAUGAAGUGGAAGAAGCCACUUUACAUAGGGAUCCCUCCAGCUUGCAGAUGGAAUCAUGUUGCAUUUAUUCUCCAUAAUCAACUCUAUAUUUUCGGUGGAAUUAAUGGGAAAGAAUUCAAUGACCUCAUGGGAAUGAAACUGAUAAAUCCUUCAGAGAGACAACCUUUUAUGAAAGAGAUUUUUUCAGAACUGGGAAUCCAAGGAAUAAGCAGCAGUUUCACACACACCAAAAUUCCUAAGAUGAAAUAUGAAUUGACAGAAUAUUCUUUGCUGCCUGCAUCAGUUUCGCCACCACCUUCAGUUACAAGAGAAGAGCUCCAGGAUUUCCAUUCUAUAUUUAGCCAAGCAAUGAAAAUGAUUACAAAGGCUUUUGAAUUAUUGGAGUCUGAAUUUCAAAAACUUCACAUGAUAAAAGCUGAACUGGCUCAGGCAACCAAAGCAUUUCAGCAUGAAAAAGAUCAGUAUGACAAAAACCUGAAAAACCAGCAGAAGGAGCUACAAGUGAUGCUAGAAAAACAUAAAGUCCAAAAUGAAGCAUGGCUCAAAGCCAGAGCUGAGGAGACCGACAAGGAAAGGAAAGAACUCUUCAAACUCAGAGAAGCAAUUCUUCAAGAUCAGGAAAGGCUGAGAGAUGAACAGCAAAGUGUUCAGCAGUGCAAUCAGCAGCUCAUUUCUGUAAUGCAACAACUCAAAGGAAUGUGAACCGUUGCUGAAUAAAAAAAAAACCAAAACCUGAUCACACAACACAGCGUUGCUCAAACAGAUGAGCUGUUAUGUAUAGUAGGACAAAGAUCCUGCUACAGUAUCAAUUAAAUCUCGAUCUUGCUGAGGUUCAUUCAACCCUAGGAUGCUGGUUCCAUUAAAUUCCCAAUUGCUUUAAAAUACAUCAUAAAUUUUUGAUGCGCUGGUUUUUUUUU